GAAACCUGAGUAUCUUCUCCAAUAAGCCUAUGACCUUUCUACGUAGGCUUUUAUACAUUUCAGCGUUGAGUUAACUUCAAUUUGCUCAACCGAAUACGCGGGGAUGGGAGUUCCAGCAUUUUUUCGCUGGCUAUCAAAGAAGUACCCGUCGAUCGUAGUCCACUGUGUAGAAGAAAAGGUGAGUCGAUGGAAAGAUUGAUAGCUUAGCUUGUUGUUGGUCCAGCUACACGUGUUUAAGAUUUACUUUUUGAGCCGGUAUUUUGCGGUCUUUUUGCCCUGUUGCUAUGAUAGUCAAUUAAAUUAAGUAUUAAUUUACUAUUAUCAAUGUAGGAAGGCCGUUUAAAUAGAGAUCAGUGCCAACUGUUUGUCAAAGAAACACUUUAAAAUUGAGACUUCUCAGCGCGCGGACUCGGAAACAGUCCUCUUAAGAUAGUGAAAGCUCUUUCUGAAAGUGAGAAAGCUGACUUGAUCAAGGAUCAAAACUUGAGCACAGGGGUUUUUGUUCAUUAAUGAACGAUUUUCUUAAAUUAAGAAGUUUCUAUAUUGGAUUGCUAUUAAAGAACUAGGUUAUGUUACAGUGUGCAUGUAUCUUCUAUGCCUCUUCUAAAAGGACCAAUUUCGUAUUUUUAUUAUUGAUCAAAGUGGUAGGGAAAGGAAAAAUAAUAAUUUGGUUUUAUCAACUGAGGAUAAUGUAUAUUGGCCACUGAAUAGAGUUUCUAAAGCUGAUUUUUCAACGGUUACCCCUUCAUCGUUUGCUCUGAUGAAACGCUAAUACUUGAAAUGUCAGUUUUAGAAUCUAUUUCCUGUGGCUAAUAAACAUUACCAACCCAGUUUAUAAAACCACAUUAUCUAGUAAUACCCCUUCACUAAUGCAGGACCACAGUUUCUUUAGAAAAUCGAACCCUUAAUCCACUGAAGGAAAAAAUGAUUGCAUAGCACCAUAGCACAGAAAUUUUGGUAUGCAUAAUGAAUAUUUAUCUUAGUUUUUCACCAUCCUAGGGACGAGAAGUUGAUGGAGUUAGAGCCCCAGUGGACACAAGUUUACCAAACCCCAAUGACUAUGAAUUUGAUAACUUAUACCUGGACAUGAAUGGAAUCAUUCAUCCUUGUUGUCAUCCUGAAAACAAGUAAGCAGCAAUUUUUAUAUUUGUGUUAUUUAAGCUAAGGGUGCCUAUUCUGCAUGAGUAUAUCCUUGCCUUGGGAGCAUAGAGCAAAUGGGAACAAAUCUUAAUGUGAUUUCUCUGUUGUAUUAUAUGGUUUUAUUACUUCUCCUCCUCUUUCUUUCCUGGUUAACUGGUUAACUGGUUAACCCUCUCUGUACUGUAGGUGUACCUUUUGGAUACAUUAAGUAAAAGAAAUAAACAUUUUAUAAUUUAUUUCCAGGCCAGCCCCAAAGAAUGAAGAUGAGAUGAUGGUGGCUAUUUUUGAGUACAUUGACAGGUAAUUUUUUUUUGUUUAUUUUUACUCGUGGUUGGAGAGAUGCACUGUGUACAUAACCUGUUUUACCCAAGGACACAACAAAAUGACCUGGUCUCAAACCUAGACCUCUAGAACAGAAGCCCAGUGCACUGACCAUUAGGCCACCACAUCUCUUGCUAAGGGAACACUCUGUACGAUUUUAGUCUCGGUUAAUGCCUACAUCACAAAUGGAGGCUACAUGCUUUGGAGACCUGGGGGCUGAAACCACAGUAGCACCCUUAGGUGCUUGAACACCAGAUUGGCCUACCCAACCUGCAAUCCAACCACAAGCAUCCUAAACCAGGCCCCCUAUGAGCACUGUCACACAAGAGCCAGAUGGCUGAGUGGAGGAAAACAUAAAUAAAGAAAUUAAUCAAUAAAUAAAAAAUAAUAAUAAAUAGAAAUAAACCCUACAGCUAGGGUUGGGGGGGGGGGACAAAAUGCUAAGAUCCUCAAUCUGCAAGGACAACAACACUACACCAUAGAAGAGUGAUUACAAUGCAAGCGCGUGGUAGAACAACAUAUGCACUGAUAAAGUAUACCACUGGAUAAGGACAGCCUCAAGGUCCCAACGACCACAGUACUGCCGCAAAACGCUACAGAAUGCAACAAAUGCUGCAUGAAUGCUAACAGCCAGCCAAGACAUUUAUCAUACACCUCAAAAUGCUACUGACCAUAUUUGCUCUUAGUUGUUAUCUAUGGCAUAUUCCAUUUAAUUAUAUUUAACAUUCAUUACCCACUACAAUCAAUUUCUUCUUCUUCUUUUUUUUUUUUUUCAGAAUCUUCUCAAUAGUUAGACCCAGAAAGUUGCUUUACAUGGCUAUCGAUGGAGUGGUAAGAGGCACUUUGCCAGUAUAUUUAUCAAUCUGUUAUAAAAUAUACAUUUUUUCUAUUUUGGCUUAUUUAUGAUAAUAUUUACGCAUGCUUGUCUUUAAUUUUUUCAUUUCUAUUGCAGGCUCCAAGGGCAAAAAUGAACCAGCAAAGAUCUCGUCGUUUCAGAGCAUCUAAAGAAACCAAGUUAGUAAUGAAACAGUAACCCAAUUAGUGCAAAUGUUUGCACACUACAGAUGAAAACAUAAUAGCAGGAAAUGCUAAAUUUUAACCUUUUUUAGGGAAAAAGCAGAGGAAAUGACAAGAAUUCGAAGUGAAUUGAUGGAAAAAGGUAUUCAAAAUGACACUUAAAUUUAUAUUACUUUCUGUAAGUGCUACUUAUUUCUAUGGGCAACGAACUUAUCAAAAUUGGAAAUAAUGUAUCAUGUCCAAAGUUGGGUGAAAAAAUAAAUUAUUGCCUAUGGUUUUAGGAUCAAACAAGUAAGGUCAUAUUUUUUCUAGUCCAAAUGGAAAAGUUACCCCUCCCAGAUGCUCAGACAGGUCAAGUUUCAUGCAGUUUGGAAUUGUACACUAAACAGAUUUUAUUACUUUCUUCUGUAGGAGCUCUUUUACCACCAGAAAAAGAAAAAACUGAACACUUUGACAGUAACUGUAUUACACCAGUAAGUGUACUUGUGGAGGAGAAUUAACAAUGAAAUCUUGGGAGUGAAAGGAUUAACAGAUGUUAUUGGUAUAUUUUGUAUGUUAUAAGGAUGACAUCUGUAAAUCAUGCCUUUUACCUGUGCAUGAAAUCACUAAGAUUGUGAAAAAAAAGAUUUAACCCUUUAACUCCUCUGUGUGACCAAGACAGAAUUUCUUCUAACAACACUAAUACAAUGCCAAGCAGACAAGUAAUGAGAAUGAAGAAAAAUAUCAAUUAAGGAUUAUUAGUUGAUCCAAUACCAAAUUCUCCAAACUAACAUCAUAAGAAUUGUAUAGCAGACAGUAAUGAGAAUUACGAAUGAGAUCCUAAGAAAGAAAGGGUUAAAUCAUUCCAAAGUAGAUGGUUUACAGUGGUGUGAUUCACUCUAUGAUCUGCUAGGACAUAAAUGAGUAAAUUGUUCUGUUAUGCUCUAAAUUCUUUCAUAAUUUCAGUGAACAACAGAGAUGGUGGACUUGCUCACUAGAUGUGUAUAAUUUAUGUUCCUGAGUGAAGAUUGGCAAUCGUUUAUAACUGGUUGAUGUUAGACUUCACUGUUAUAUCAUGUAUUUCAAAUGUGUAAUGGAUUGAGAAAUUCCUCUGAGUGUGAAUUUUCUUUGUUACAGGGGACAGAGUUCAUGGCCAAUUUGUCGAUAUGUUUAAGAUACUACAUUGCUGACAGAUUAAACAAUGAUCCUGGAUGGAGGAAUAUAAAAGUAAGUACAGUGCACCUCAAUAUAAGUUUUGAUAGUUUUGUUCUCUUCCAGUGACUUCCUGUGACUUAGGAAUUUUUCUUAAUGAUAUUAAUACAUUUUUAAAUAGUCAAGUGAUGAGUAAGAAAGAAAGGAAAGUAUUAAAGCAGGGUUAUUGUAUGCUUUAAAACUAGUUUCUCAGAACUAAAAUAAUUUAAACUGCAUGGCAGAAGUGCACUGAAUGAUCAUUGAGAUUACACAAGUGUAAGAGUAAAAAAGGUAUCAGAGAACUGUCAAGGAAAAUUGGCACAACACUAGGGUGACCAGCAAAGGAAUCCUUUACCAUUCAAGGAUUGAUGAUUGAUGUAGUAGUAUAAUUGUAAGGAGAAUUUAGAUCCCAUUAGUACAACUGCAGUUAUCCCUUUCAUUAUUACUCAGGUGUAUCUAAUAAAGCUCAGAGAUUAAGUGUUGUUUCUUUUGGGUUUAAGGUGUGAAUUAUCUUGAAUUAUUUAAUGUACAGUAUGUAUAAAUUUUUUAAGGUGAUAUUAUCAGAUGCUAAUGUUCCUGGAGAGGGUGAGCACAAGAUUAUGGACUACAUCAGAAAGCAAAGAGGUGAGAUUUGCCUCUCACUCCCAAGAUCAUAUGUACCUAUAGAAUGAGUUGGAGAGCUGUACAGGAUAGGAUUUGGCUCAAGGCCAUAACAUCAUGACCAAGAGUCAAAUAUUUUCAUGUCUGCCCUGACCUAAAGCAUUUCAUCAUCUGACUGCCAUUCUUCUCAUUCUUUCUGUUUUUCCAUUUUCACAUCCUAACUCUUUAACUCCCAGAAGUGAUUAACAUGUAACUUCUCCCAACAAUGUCAAUACAUUACCCAGUAAACAGUUAAUGAGAAUACUCAAAUUUACUAGAUAGUUGUUAUUUUAAUCUAACACUAAUUUCUCAUAACUGAUUUGCAAGGAAAUAUGUUGUAGUCAGAAGAGAGAAUUAACAAACAGAUCUUAGGAGUUAAAGGGUUAAGUGGCCAAACACUGGGCAGUGCACCCUUUUCUGUCCCAGUCCACCAUGGAGUAUUAGAAACCUUACAAAUUGGUUACAAAUUGGCUUUGAAAAUAAAGUGAUUUCUGGUAUUCAUUUGGAAUUUUCUCUAUUUCUUUGACCCAGCUGAGAUGUUUGGAUAUUUUCGGGAGGACUUUUUUUUCUUCCUUUUGUAUCUUAAUUAGUUGUUGUAAUAUGAGGACAUUUGAUAAACCUCUAACUUCACCAUAGUGGUGUGGAAAUUGCAUUUGCUUCUCUUUUUUGUUUGUUUCAGCAAGUCCACAUCAUGACCCAAACACAAAGCACUGUUUGAAUGGCGCUGACGGUAUGUUCAUGUCAAAUGCAAGUCAUAAUUAUCGUUUCAUUAAAUUAAUAAUAUCAGAUAAUUAGGGCUGACACAGUUGUUUGGUUUCUUUCAGCUGAUCUGAUUAUGCUGGGUGAGUAUUAUGAAGAAAUCCCAUUUUGUUAUGAGUGCCAUUGUUGACAAAUUGAGUUCUUGACAAAAUUUAGAGUUACAUAUUGGGUCCUCUUUGGCCAAUUUCUUGUAUGGACCUUGUAGCAGGUAGAUACCAGUAUUAUUUGGAAUUGAUACCAAGUUAACAAUCUUUCUUUUUUUAUUGCCUAUGUCCAGUUCCUUAUGUUAAUUCUUCACACCCUAACAUCAGUAUGCAUAUUCUCCAUACUGUUCUCUAUACAUUUCCUGAGGUGCUGACAAGGAGAAUUAAAUUAGCUUCUUUUGCUGGUGAUUGUUUCCUUGAUUCUCAUGACCUGAAUGAUUGAUUCAGUUGUGAUAUUUUAAGGAGAGAUUGGAUGCUAAUCACCUCAAGGAGUCAGAGAGUUAAAUUUCUGCCUUUCCACUUCUUUUGUACAGGACUUGCCACUCAUGAGCUUCACUUCACAAUCAUCAGGGAAGAGUUUAAACCAAAUCAGAAGAGACCUUGUGAGAUGUGUGGCCAAGUUGGUGAGAGUUUCUCUAAGUCCUGUUGUUAUUACCUUAGAUGUGAUUUUUAAUCUACAACAUCUACAGACAGCACCAUUCCAAAUUCACUGAUCAGAGACAUCCUGAUAAAAAUAUCUUUAUUUUUACCACAAUCAAGUUGUGGCAGUCGCCUUUUACUGAGUUGAAAGAGCCAGUUUAUUUUAUGAUCUUACACCUGUGUUGAACGGUCAGUUAAAUUGAAACCACUCCUCCAUUAUGUACCAUCUGAAGCACUUUUUUAAUAAGGAUCGUCUUGUUUCAAUUUUAACCCCGUUUUCUGUGGUCACAGGCCAUGUUAUGGAUGAAUGUAUGGGUCUUCCAAAAGAAAAACAAGGGGAGGUGAGUUUUUUUAAAAUAUAUGUCAACUUAAUCCUUUAGGUGACCAAGACAGAAUUUCUCCUCACACUAUCAGUACAAUAUCAAGCAGACAAGUAAUGAGAAUGAUGAAAAAUAUCAAUUAGGGGGUUAUUGGUUGAUCCAAUUCCAAAUUCUCCAAACUAACAUCAAAUGAAUUGUAUGGCAGAAGUAAGGAGAAUUGCUAAUGAGAUCUUGGGAGUUACAGGGUUAAGCAGGGCACACUGUAGGAACAUAAGGGAGACACUGUCACAGUAGGUGACAUGGAUGUCAGUCUCACCGUUAUGACUGCAACUGAGUAGUCCAUGAUUGUUAAACAAAAUUCUCCCUGUCAGCACCUUAGGAAAUGUAUAGAAACAGUUUGGAGGAUGUGCAUACUGAUGUUAGGGUGUAAAUUAUCAAAACAAAUACAUGCAUUAUGUUGUUUGACGUUUUUAACACAGUUUGAUGAGCUCCCUGCACCUGUAGCUCAAGAAGUAGAGUUUAUUUUCAUCAGGCUGAACGUUUUACGGGAGGUGAGAUAAAAUAUUAUUUGAAUAAAGAAAAAAAUUUAACAUAAAUGACAAGGUUUCAGUGAUUGCAUGGUUAUGAGUUUUAGUGAUAGCAAAUUGGUAAUCGGGAGUGAAAGGGUUCAUUGAAACAAGCAGUUAUGCUCAUUAAAAUCGUUAUUCACUUUAACUUGCUUCAAAUUUGCUUUAUAGUACCUCGAGCGUGAAUUGAGAAUGGAAGGCCUUCCUUUCCCGUAUAGCUUUGAGGUUAGUUAAGCUGAGCAUGAAUUUGUCAUCUUCAGAGAACCAGGCGCAGUUUUUUAUGGACAAGCAAAAUCACGAGAAAAGAAAUGUUGAAAAUUAAACCAAGAAAAAGUCAUUAUCCGCUCUAGCUGCCAGUGAAUGAAUUGUUGUCAGUAAAAAAAGCAAAGCGCCUGAAGUCCGUGAAAACACGAGUCACCAAGGCGCGAUAAAUCUGAUUUGUUCAGUAAUAAUAUACAUGAAAAAAAAUACGCCCGUCUGGUUGGCUGAAAACUCGUGCGAUUUUCACGUAACACGAGCGCAACGUUGUAACAGGAGUGCAAAUUACAAAUAGCGCGCGCGCGCUGCCCAAAUUUCGUCCGUCUUGACUUUGUGGGAUGCGUUUUUCAUGUAAAUUAUUAACAAGUAAUAACAUGAUUUCUCGUGCAAUUUGGUGUAAAUAAGCACAUAUAUUUUUCAAAGACUACAAAUUACACUCGUCCUACGGGUUCGUGCAAUUCGUAGUUGAAAAACUUACUCAUGCUUAUUAACACCAAAUUACAAGAAAACUCAUGUACACCUAUACAAAGGAGCGCGAGUUUUCUGGACCAAUCACAAAGCGAGGUAAAGCAAAACCAAAGAACUUCCGGGUUACUUUCAACACUGAAUUGAAAACUGCUCGUCAAAGUUUGGUAACGCGAAGUAUUAAUCCGUUGUUGUGUUCCUUCACUCAGCGCUGUCUUGAUGACUGGGUAUUCAUGUGCUUCUUUGUAGGCAAUGAUUUCCUCCCUCACUUACCGUCUCUAGAAAUCAGGUAAAUUUUUACUAUGGACUUGAAUUGGUGGUCUUGUUGUUGGCACAGAUGCUUUGGCAGAUCUUUUUAAGAAGAGUUUGUUGCUGAAAAUGUUUUAGUUAACUUUGCUAUUUUUUUUCUUUCAUUGCUAGAGAAGGAGCCAUAGACCGUUUGGUGGGAAUUUACAAGAGGGUACUACCAAGAUGUGGGGUAUGGAUAGGAAAAAAUCAUUUUUAACCCUUAAACUCCCAGAAGUGAUCAACAUGAAACUUCUUCCUAUAAUAUCUCUACAUUAUCUAGCAAACAGCUAAUGAGAAUAUUCAAACUCAUCAGGUAGAAUUUGUUGUCUUGAUCCAGCCCCAAAUUCUCAUUACUGAUUUACAAGGACAUAUGUAGCAGCUAGAGGGGAGAAUUGUCAAUCAGGUCUAGGGAGUUAAAGGUUUAACUGCCUUUUUCUAUCCUUGUGAUAAAAUUUAUUUAACUUUACUUUCUCAAUUGACAGCGGAGCAAUUUUUUUUAAUGCUAUCAUCAUCAUGAUUUAAAUACCUAGCUUAGUUGUUCGAAGGGUGGAUUAUGCUGUUCCUAACCCUUAAACUCCCAAGAUCUGAUUGUUAAUUCUCUCCUCUAGCUGUUACACAUCUCCAUGUAACUUGGUUACGAGAAUUUGGUGUUCAAUCAAGAUAAUAUCUUGUACCUGAUAAGUUUGAGUAUUCUCACUACCUGUUUGCUGGAUAAUUUAUGGAUACUAUAGGGAGAGGUUACAUGUUAAUCACUUCUGGGACUUAAAGGGUUAAAUCAGGGUCUUAAAUAGCUGCGUCUGAGAAUGUGCUGCCUUUGCUACAUUAUGUAUGUUCUAGUCGGACAUGGACGAUAAACCGUAGGUCCAGUCUCCCGCAUCUUCUCUGCACUAAUUAGUUUCCUCGUUUCAGGGCUACCUUGCUAAACAUGGUAUUGUGGAUCUUGGCAGAGUACAGAUGAUUCUUCAAGGUAAGCAAAGUUUUUCAUGUGUACUUCUCAACUCUGGUAGUAAGAUAGUGCUUCGUUGUGGCCCAAACUAUAAAUUUUUUAGCUCUUUUUUAUUCAUUUUUGUAGAGCUUGGUUAUGUGGAAGACGAAAUUUUUAAGAAAAGACAGGAAAACGAAGUAGGUAUCUAUCGUUAAAUUUAUGUUAAGUAGGGUGAUUUGCUCUGUGGUAUAUGCGUACAGCAGUUUGUAACAGAAAUCUCUCUUAGUUAACUGGUUCUCAGCAGAAUAACUGGUAGAUUAAAAUUUGAAGUAAAACAGGACACCAGUGGUGAAACUGUUUUAGUAUCCGUCUUCAACCAGCGACUACCUCCUUUGUUUAUUUAGUUGGAAAUCAAACGCGUGGAUGAGGAAAUUUUAUGCUCAAAUUAUUAGCCAAGCUUUUAUUCAAUGUCUUUUUCUUUACUCUAGUUACAAUAUAGAAGACGUUUGAAAGCAAAUAAAGAGAGAGAAAAACGACAAAAGAUGGUAUGUACCUCAUUUAUUCAGCGUUGAAUAUUUCUGUAAGUAUCGCUUUUGUGGUUUGGUUGACGGAACAAAUCUCUGCCCACGUGAUUGUUGUUGUCUGUUUAAAUCUGGUGAAGCAUAAAUUUUCAACCUUAAAACAUUUUUAGCAUAUGUAUGCGAGCGGUUUCAAUCAGUCGUCUUGAGACAAAAACGAAGUAUGUAGAGUAAUUUUCAACGGAGAGUCGUAAAUAUUCCAGGAUGACAUUGGUUUUGUUUUACAUCGGUCUGUGUUUGGUCCGGUCUUGAGCUAUGUCUAAACCAAUCAGACGCCAAAUGAACACCACUCGUGACUUGGCCGCCCGCGUUUUCCCGCUCUUUUCGUAGUCAGCCUGUAUUGCUUUGAGUCCUCAUUGGCCAAUGAUGACGCAAAGCUUUGUUAUGAUUGGCUGUUGCGAUUACUUUGGGUUUUGGUUUUAAGACACUCAAUUGUAAACUGUUCCAAGACAUCCAAUCAAAACAAGAAAAAAUAUCGCUAGGAAAAACCGAAGUUAAAACCAACGACUUGUCUCUUGGAAGCGCGGGAAAACUCCAAUGAAUUGGCGAAGUAGAGUAAAAGUAAUUAAAUCGUGAAUUGUCUUACAUCUCAAGAAAUAAUGUAUUUUGCAAUGAAACGAAAAUGUGUGGUUUUUUCCGUAGCGGGAUGCUCCUCUCUGGACACCAAGUGGACAAUUUAGCCCUCAUGCUAUAACUAACACACCUUCAGCUGUUGUUUCUCCUCGACAAGAGGCUUACGCCAUGCGAAAGCAAGCUAUGUCCUAUAGUGGUGGCAGUUCAGAAGCAGCUAAUAAGGUAAAAAUCUUAACGCGAGCGGCUCACACAGUCAGAGUUUAGCCUGGUUUAGUAUUAAGCGAGCACGAGUAUUGACAUUCCAUUUAAAUAGGACGCGUGUUCAUCUGUGGUUACCCCCACCUCUCCCCCCCUUGCGUGUUUCGUGUUUCCUUGGCUGCCCAGCAGUACCUAAGAACGUAACUCAGUGAUCAGUAUGUGUAUUCUCCAUGCUGUUCUCUAUACAUUUCUUAAGGUGCUGACAAGGAGAAUUUGUAUGACAAUCCUUAAUUAUUGAUCAUUUUAUGUAUUCUCGUAACUUUAAUGUUUGGUUCAGGGGUGUAUUGUAUCUAAUUGAUUGAGAGGGAGGCGUGAGUUAUCUUGGGGCUCAAUCUUUUAAUGCUGAUAGUAGUUAUUAACUAAGAUGCUUUAUUUGGUUUUGUAGAGUGCUGCAGCAAAUCUUCGAGCCAUGCUUGCAACACCAUCUCCUGAUGCUAAUACGGUGAGUAGAUCGCGAGGCAAACUAAUCAUAACUCGCACAAAAUUGUCUGUUUAAUUUUCAUCGUUUCAUGUCCACACAAAAAAAAACGUUAGAGCCAUCUUUCACCGCACGCUUUCAUCUACAACGACCUUGCAUGGCGCUGUAAACUGUACCAUAUGAAGGUACUGCUCAGUAGCUUUCAUUUGAAUGGUCGCUCAUAAGGGUUUCAUCGACGCACCAGGGUUUCAUCAACAGACUUUCAAGUUUGAACCAUCUAUGGCAUAAUUUACAAUAACACAAGAAAGUACUACUCAGUUGCUUUCAUUACAUUAGUCACUCAGUAGGGUUUUAUCUUCAGACAAACCUUGAACUACCUUGCAUAGCUUUAUAUAAACAGUAUCACGUAAAAACACUGCUCAGUAGCUUUCAUAUCAAUGGUCACAUGCCAGGGUUUUAUCGUUAGACAAAGUUUGAAUUACUCUGCAUAGCACCAUAUAAACAAUACCACAUGAUGCUCAGUAGCUUUUAUUUGAAUGGUCUCACAUUAGAGUUUCAUUUAUAGACUUAAAAGUUAGCGUGUUUUAAUCAAAUGGUCUGACGGUUAGUUCUUUGCCUAAUUUCCUUCAAAAUUAGUCUUCUUCAAGUACGCCAAACUCGAAUCCAGCAUCAAACAAGAGAAAGCAUGAAGAGGAAGACGAGGAACCUAAAGAUGAUAUUCGGUAAAUAAACUUUCUCAUACAUCAUCUAGAUGAUCAGCGCAGAGGUUAAUAGGCAGGAGCGCGUAUAACACGCCAGCGAGAGAGUAAACACUUCUCUCGCGCACUUGAAGUCUCGCGCUCGCAUAUUGGUAUAAUCUACUUAAAUGAUUUAACGCCUGUUAGGUGAUGUUAUUGUGUAUUAGACUGAACGCCGUAGGUAUCUGCCAUUUUAAUCCGUCCCUUGAGGCAAUAGGAAUGUCCCAGCGCCUGUGAACUAUGGAAAGCGAUUCCCGGGGUUCACGUAACGCUGUCACAUGUUGACGUGUGUACAACAUGAUAGACUUACUGACAAGGUCUGGAAUUCGGUUUGUUUUAAAGGAAAACUGUGGAGUUUGAUUCUUUUUUCUUAGGUUAUGGGAGGCAGGAUGGAAAGGCCGUUAUUACAAAAAUAAAUUUCAACUGUCUGAAGACGAUGAAGGUUAUGAUGACUUCAGGAAGAAAGUGGUAAGUUCCUGUGUUCAUGCAAAUAUUGAGGGAUUUGACAAGCACUCGGCUGGCUCGCUUUUCAGCAAACACAUUCUGCCUUUUAAAGUGUUUCCGUAAGUUUAGGAAUUUCUGGUAAAUUGUCUUGGAAACUUAUCGAAGUGCUUAGUUCUUCCUGUGGUGAACUGGUAUUCUUUGAAAUGGCUUGUGUAGCAAGCCGGGUCGUUUAUUAUUGUCCUCUUUAAGUGACGUGCGGUUGGGGAUUGUAAAGUAUGCGGUAAAGGAUGAUGGGAUUUCGCGCGACCGCGGGUCAAUUAAGACGACUUGGGAUGAUGUUAGUAGAACUAUGGAAAUUUCCUAUCAUUGUCAGUCUAAUAGGUUACUUUGUAUGGAAGGAGGAAACCAUAAAUUAACUGACUUACGAUUGGAAUUUAAGGAAGAUUUUUUUUUUCACGAGCUUAAAAAAUCAUUAGUUCGACUUACUAAGGUCUAGAAAGUAUCCGUUGUCACUUUGAAUCUUUCAGGCGCACGCCUAUGUGGAAGGACUCUGUUGGGUUUUACUUUAUUACUAUCAGGUAUGUCAGGUUAUAUGUAAUCCAGGAUUGCGUUGGUUUUUCUUCACAUCGCUCUCUUAUUGGUCUACAAAACUCGCGCCACCUUCUUAACCAAUCAGAUCACAACUAAAACCAAUCGCCUGUUGGUCGCCCGCGUUUUCCCGCGCUUCAGGCAGUUUGCUUGGUUUUUACUGUGUUCUCAUUGGUUCCCUGUGACGUUCUGAUUGGCUGUUGUGAUUACUUUGGUUUUGGUGUAGAAAAUCUCUUUCGUUUUUAAAUUUUAAAUAACAAUGUUUCUCUUCCUGUCCCCCCUUUGUUUCCUUUUUGUUUCCACGCGCGGUGCGCGUGAUUUUACAAAUUAGCCAAUCGUGUCAAAGAACCCUAACCCUGACAUUGGAAAACUGACGUGAAAACUUUUCGCGCACUUUUGUUUUUGCUUUCGCGGACUUUUGGUCUGUUGUUUUUGAGCUUUCAGUCGCGUAAAUUUGUUACCCCUUUGUUUUGGAAUUUAAGAAGUUUCGGAGUUUUUAUUUUAGCCUAAUGUUGUGGUUCGUUUAACAAGUUUAAUAUAUAUCUUUUACGGAGUUUGAACACUCUCUUUUUUCGUAAAUGGAUUUUAUACAUUUGGUUUCAUUACAAUCAAUCGAAAAGCGCUUGAAGGUAAGUUUCAUCAUUUAUUUUACGUUUUUUUUUUUUUUUUUCAGGGCUGUCCGUCUUGGAAGUGGUUUUAUCCAUAUCAUUACGCUCCCUUCGCCUCAGAUUUCCGUGACCUUGCAUCACUUCCAAACUCUUUUGAAAAAGGAACACAACCGGUAAGAAUUAAUGGAACAAAACCGAAUUGAAAUCUGAAAAAAAUGUUUUAUUUUCUUUCACUGUGUUUAAAUAACAAGUGCGCAUAAUCGCUCAUGUACCUGUGUGCGUUCAGAAACUUGAGAGCAUAUGCGCGUGUACUUACGUGGUUGUGUGUGUUCGGGCCGAUGUUGCAUUGUGGUCCCGUUCCGCCACUUAAAACAUCGAGUUAAAAACUCUUUUCAGGAAUAAAACUGUAGGAUGAGGGAGGUUGGAGUUGCUAUUCCUUGUAUCUACCCUGUAAAUCCCUUGGACGUGAGCUCUAUGUUUAAAUGUCGCGCUAUUUAAUUCACAUUCUUCUUUUCUAUUUUGCACUGACAAUUCCUUUGUAUUUUAUUUGAGCGAAGAAGCGAAUAAAUUGUUAGAUCGACGUCUUUGUUAUUGGUGAAAUGAUGACUCUGUUCUUCUACAAGCUCCGGCUUUAAGACUAUGCUGCAGUGCUUAAUUGUGCGCACAGCUAUCGCGCAUAAAUUAUGCGCUCCGAAAAAUGUGUGGUACAUUACUGAGGAAGUCUAAAGGUAGUUUCUAAUAUGUUAUUUUUAUUAUUAUUUUUCAGUUUAAGCCUCUGGAGCAACUGAUGGGAGUAUUUCCAGCUGCCAGCGGAAACUUUCUUCCUCCAACCUGGAGAGUUGAUGUCUCACCCAGUAAGUAUCGUUUGUAUUGCAAUCUUAUUUUCUCCACUGACAAUUCUGGAGUUUGAUUAUGGGAAACGUAGUGUAUGAAGAAUAUUGCGGAGAAUUUAUAACAAGAUCUGGGGAGUAAGAGACUGAAACGCAUUUUGAUUCGCAUUUCAGGAGUCGCCGAUCAUUGAUUUCUACCCACUGGAUUUUGAAAUCGAUCUCAACGGGAAGAAAUACGCAUGGCAAGGUAAAGUAGGCUCAACCAAUCAGAUGCAAAAUUAGAACCGCUCGUGACUCGGUCACCCGCGUUUUCCCGCGCUUCAGGCAUUUUUAUUAGUUUUACUUUGAGUUCUCGCUUCGCUUUGAUUGGCUGUUGUGGUUUUGAUUUUACAGCACUCAAUCGAAAAGCGCUCUAAACUGUGACCUUACAUGCUUAUUAUCGUUGUUCUCUUUCAAGGUGUAGCCCUGUUACCGUUUGUUGACGAGAAGAGACUUCUCGGCGCUCUCAGUGGAGUAUAUCCAGAUCUCACAGAAUUUGAGAGUAAGUUUGAUUCAUCCCUUCUUACAUAAAUGGUAACUUGCACUUGCCUGCAUACUCAUGUAUUUGUAUGAGGAAACUUUCAACGCAACCACCAAGACUUGCAAUCAUUCGAUAAUUUUUUGACGAUCCUUGAUAACUAUGAUGGAAAACAGACUCAUUUUUUUCGUAUCUUUCUAUUGAUUUCCCUCCGUUAAUCUUUAAACUCCUUAGAGAGAUCAAUAUCUAAUUUCUCCUUGUAAUAUCAUCCCUGAAACUAACAUUAAGGUCAUGAGAAUAAAGGAAAUGAUCAUGAACUAAAGAAGCUCUUGAUUGUUAAACAAAUUCUCCUUGUCAGCACCUUAGGAAAUGUAUAGAGAACAGUAUGGAGAAUAUGCAUACUGAUCUUAGGAUGUAAAGGGUUAAUCAGAUCUCAUAAUCUGCCAAGAAACGUUUGUACAUCGUCUGUAUGGUGUUCUGAACUUCUCUGCCAAUCAAUAGUGCCAAUGACUUCUCGCUUUGUUAACAACCUCAUAGCUGCUCUUCUAAACUAACAGCUAAACGUUUUGCGUCAUUCUCCGGCGGUGGUAUAUGUUAAGGAGUUGUUGUGCACUUACAUUGCUGCUUCCAACUAAGGAUGUCUUUGCUUUCAUUUAUUUCAGUGCAAAGGAACAAUCGCGGUAAAGAUCGCUUGUUUCUACGCCAGGGAAAUCCCAUCUUUGACUUCUUUGUUGGUUUAUAUGAAGGAGGUGGCAUCAAAGAGGUAUAAUUCGGGCUGUAGAAUUUUUUUUUUUCUUUUCCUUUCAAUUUUCGUUGGAGUUACAGAAUUAUUCCAGUGAUUGAUGACAGUGGAACACUACUUCACUACUGUUGACUAUGCGAUCAUAGCGAUCCAAUCUAAUGGGGUGAACGAUUCACCCUGUGACCCUUAAGAGUGACUAGUAUCUAAUUUCUCCUUACAAUAUCGCCCCUUAAUUAAACGUUAAGGUCGCAAGAACAGAGGAAAUAAUCACCCACUUGCUCGUUAAACAAGGUCUCCUUAGGAAAUGCAUAAAAACAGUAUGGAUAAUAUGCAUUGUGAUGUUUGGGCGUAAAGGGUUAAUUGAAAUCCUGUGUUAAGCUGACACUAGCGACAGCAACCCGUGUUUGGCUCUGAAUUAGUGGAGACAAUGACAAGCAAGGGGAUGCAGCUGUUACAGCUGUCAGAAAAACGGCUGUAUCUCGUAUUGCAUUUUUGUAACGCUCUCGCUUAUUUCGGGAACGCCAUUUCUUGGGUUCUCAUUCUUUUCGCUCGUCUCCACUGUUUGAGAUCCAGGAACAGUCGCCAAAGAUAAUUCAGAGGUUUUUCGUUUAGAAGAAAUUUCACAUUAUUCAUCAGACGUUUUAAGUUGUCUCCUCAUGUCUUUGCAGGCGGUUGAAAUCGUGGCUAAUCUGAGUGGUGGCAUGUCGGGAAAAGUAGAACCAGACGAUGUUCCUAUUUUACCGUACAAGUAAGAAUGAACGACUGAUCUGUAACCAUCUGAGUAACACUGCUGAUGGAGAUGUGUGCUCUAAAUAUCACGCGAUUUUUACUUUCGCUAUGAAAACGUAUACCUGAGAUAAUGACAUAGACCGCGUUUUGAGAUUCCAGAGCGUAAACUAGCCUUUCAAAAAUUGUCUUUAAAUAAUCCUAAAAUUUAAUUACGAGUGCCACCAUUUUUAAUCUCUCUCAGCAACCUGGCCUCUUACCUGCCCUGGUGAUUGGAUUUUCUGCAAAGUUUGUGUUCACGAACACUAAAAUUGAAAAAUAUGAAGCGUAUAGGAGAGCUAUAACUAAGAUGAAGUAGCUUAAUGAGUAGUUUCCUUUGAAUUCGAACAAAUAAAGUCGUGGGGUUGAUGUAAACUGAUUGUGGAAUCAAUAGACUAAAUUAUUUCAUCGUAUCCUCGACUGUUAGGGGACGCUUAUUUACCCGAUCAUACUUGUACCUUAUUGCAGAACUGUUCCAUCUCCCAUACCUCAACUUUACGACUUACGGGACAACCGAACGAUAAGGUAAGAUACUCCUACGGUUUACUCUUUAACCCUCUAGAGUGAAUUGCAUCUAAUUUCUCCCCACAGUAUCACCCCAUUAUCAAACAUUAAGGUCAUGAGAAUAAAGGAAAUGAUCACCAACCCAAGAAGCUUUGAUUGUUAAACAAAUUCUCCUUGUCAGUACCAAAGGAGAUGUAUAUAAAAGAGUAUGGAGAUUAUGGAAACUGAUUUUACAUCCUGUUUGUUAGAAGAGAAGGCGUCCUCCCAUGAUCCUGUUGCAUUUUGCCCUUCCCACUCCUUUCCUGUCUAUGCCACUGAAUCUCUUCGUACGGUACAUGAUUACAUACAUCCCAAGAGUGUAUUUGUUAGCGUUGUUUUUUUUUUUUUUAAUUGUUUUCGGUCAUCGCAGUAGUGGUUUUUGUAUGCGGCGCGUCAUCGUUAUCGUGGUCGUCGAUGAAUCUUUGUGUUUGACGCCCGGCCUUUUCCUUUGUUAUCUUCGUUGUUGUCUUUUCCCUUAAUCUUCGUCGGAAGGUCUUCGUGGGAAGGUCUUCGUCGGAAGGUCUUCGUUGGAAGGUCUUUGUCGGAAGUUUCCGUUGUGGCUCUCUCCUUGUCAAAGCUACCUUUCUCUUCAUCGUCGAUCACUAAAUCGUAAUUAUUGUUCUACAAAUAAAACUUGUCGUGAUGAUUAUUUAUCUAUUAAAUUCUAUGCUUCCUGGUUUCAGUGUCCUGUUCACGGAUCCUGUUUACGAUGACGAUCAUAUUUUCAAAGCAGAUGUUUUACCCAAAGCAGAGUAAGUCAGUUUUAAUACUUAGCAGCCGAAAACGUUAACCCUCUCCCAAUUAACAAAAUGCAACUCUGAAAAAUUAAAACCUUGUCAAACGUUUUUCUACUUACGAAGAAAAUAAGCGUGAAAUUCCUGAGACAAAACGUCCCAAAAUCGUUUAUGCUAGAAUUGGACGAAAAUCGAACCUUUCCCGUUCCCUUGGGGGAUCCCUCUUCUACAUACCUCACCGUUCCUUUCCCUUCCCUUGUUGGGUUGUCAACAGACCCUUCACUCUGAGAAACACCUUCCUUUCCUCCCCCCACCCCUGUAACUCAACCAGGACUCAGUACAAACAUGAUGUAAGUCAAACUAAGCUAAUGUCGAAGCGCCUUUGAUUGUUCAUUUUAAUGCUCAGACUUCCAGCCCGUGUUCUGAAGCCUGAGGGUUAUGACAGAAAUGCUCCAUAUCGGCCGGUCACAGGAAUGAAUCCUAACAGGACGUCGUUCGCUCAAAUUGACAGCGCUGGAAGAAGAAUGCUCAAGUAAGUGAACUGAUGGCGUUAAUAAGAAAACCGAGAGACCUAGCAUAAACAGAUACUCAGGCACCCGAUAUAGGGUAGCGCGCGAAGAAAACGCGCAACGUGCAACAGAGGCACUAUCCUCUUUGCGAGGGGACUUGCGACGCGCGUGUCGCUCAAAAGCAAGGGCAUGCUUGUGGCAUGGAGUGACGACUUUACAUCGCGAAUACUUCUCAUUAUUAAAAUACGUUCGAUACAAAGAAAUUCAGUUGAUUUCAGCAAGUACUCAUCUUUUUGGAGGUUUGGUUAAGCGAAAUAGAAAGGUCGAGUGUUAAUUACCUAGUGACUUAGUAGUGUCCAGGCUUACUCUGAUUUCUGAGACGUAAAGCGACUUGGAGUACUAAAUGUUACACCAUCUUUUACGCCAUACUAGACCGUAGUUGCCCCCAUCCCCCCCCUCCAGCGUUUAGUCAGGAUUCCCUGCUAGUUCACAUCUAUUUAUUCACUGAACCACCCUACUUCCCACCUUCGACCAAGCAGAGUCUGUUCCACAUAAACGAGCGUAUUGCUCCUCAAAAUGUUUUGCAACUGGCAAAACAUCCGCGCGUAUCAUGUUAAACCAUCGAAUAAAGUGUUUGUAUUUGUUGUCUCAGUUUUCACGGAGGUGAGGUCUUUCGUCUAUCUACACCGGGCAGCCAUGCUCCUCCCUUCAGGUCAUACUCAGUCCCACCGCAGAACUACCCAAGACAUGGUCAUCCUCCUCAUUCAAGAUCCAUUCUGGGUACUCCUCCAUCAUCACGUGAUUACAAUGAUCCAAGACGAAACAACUCUUAUAGGCAGCAGGCACCGCGUCACAAUUCAGGCGGUUACCAAGGAAACAGACCCACGCCGUGGUCUCAUAUGCGGCCUUCUUAUCGGGAACCUGGGCCAAAUCAGCCCCAUUUCUCGCGCGGUAAUUAUAACAACUCACCACGGGACCCGCGGGAAAAUCAAGACAAUCGGUACCGGGGUGCCCCGGCCAGGGUCAGUAUUUUCGCUGGUUUAGCUGGCAUUAUAUGAGUUAUGCUAGAACAAAGUCAAUCAUUGGUUGAUGCGUUUGUGAUUUUCUCUAAUUUCGCUUUCGAACAUUUGUUUGUUUUGUUAUACAGCAUGAUCAUCGCCAGUCAUACCAGCUCUCCAACUACCGCUACAGACCUUACUAACUGAACUGCGUCGCUAUCCUCAGCAACCAAUCAUUAAGCCAGCAGGAACGUAGUGGACUACAAAAUUCGUGGACGGAGAUCUAUUCAGUAAAAGCUGUAAGAACACAGUUCCGCUUUUCCGUCAUUACUGAAGCUUUACACAACGAAAUGGCUGGUUUCCAUUACUAUAUCGAUGAGACAUUUAUGCCUAUGAUUUUAUCUGUCAGCAUCACUUCUUUUUGUCCUUAAUACCCUAACAUACGUAUGCAUAAUCUCCAUAAUGGCCUCUAAACAUUUCCUAACGUGCUGACAAGGAGAAUUUGUUUAACGAUCAAGAACUUCUACAGUUGGUGAUCAUUUCCUAUAUUCUCAUUACCUUAGUGUGUGAUUCGGGAGUGGUAAUGUUGGGAGAAAUGAGAUGCUAAUCACUGUUAUGGAUGAAAGGGUUAGCUUGAACUUAGCGAAAAGGAAGGUAUUUCGUAAUUUGCCGGCGACUGUCAGAUAACUGUAAACUAAACUUAAUGAAGACUUCACGUACUAGAUAUUUGAGCCGUAAAGUUUGAGGCGACAUUUACGGCAGAGUUUAAAGACUCUCGUGUUUAUCUUUUUGUCAGCAAGUUUUUUAAUUUCAUGUAAAUUGGGACUUGCAUUUAGUUAAUUCUGGCACAAUUUCUCUACCUAGUUAGUUAUUUCAAUUGAGGUCUCCUUUAGGUAUUUAUGCUUUAAAAAUCAAUACCAGGACUUAUGUAGCAUUAGUAAUUCCUUUUGUAUGGCACUGUCACCUUAUAAAUCGGAUUUUUAUAACGUUAAAGACUCCUGAGUGAAAGCUGUUUGCCAGGUCAAUGUACAAUAAAACACUUUCCCUUCCGCUUUUGAAUUAAUUCUUGCCGAGACGAAAACUGAAUUUAAAAUUAUACUAGUCUGAUAUGCGUAUUAAAGUUGAC